GCGAAAUGUCAGAGUCUACAGCAAUUUAAGACGAAAUUAGACAGCGUGUAGACGAGAUUUCAGAGUACAAUACAGACGAGUUAAGCUAUGAGACGUAGACUGUCUGAGGAUUCAGAGGAGGGUUCACCACCCAGAAGUUGGUGGAAGGAACGCCCCCUGCCACCCCGAGGUGCCACCCCCAAGUUGGUACUGGUGGGGAUGGAAACCAUCAGUGGGUACUCUGGCAGGUGUCCUGGUCGCCCUUCAAGGGGUAACCGAGACUCUAGGUGUCCUCUGGAAUGUGGGGUUGUCACACGGAAGAUGCGGUAUCAUGUCGUUCUUACGCAUCUGCCGCCUGUCUUCCGACGUGGUGUUCCCCCCUCUCUUGAGGCCUCUGCCAUUCGGGAGAGAGUCUUGCGGUGGUUGGCUCGAACCCUCAUUGGCCCUGGUGCCUCUCUUGAAGAAUUAGUAUCAACUCUGCGAGCCGAGGAGGUGUUCCGUGACCCUUACUGCAGGCUCACGACUGACAUGGUGGAGGCCAUGGACAGCCUCUGUCGUUUUGUGGGGGAGACUCCUCCCUCCACCUACGAGUUGCGCGGGGAGUUGCACCCCGCGCUUCUUUUCCAUUGGAGGGCACAGGCUGUCCUGUUGUCUCGCCUCGCCCCUGACUUGCGGGCAACCUACAAGUAUCUGGCUGCCAUCGAGAAGGUGGCGGGGAUCCGUCUGCGAGACUAUUCAAUGAGGAUGUAUACGUCUGGUAGUUUCGCCAGAGCGAGGUUUUCCUCAAGGGGUCCAGGUCCGGGGAACCUCAGGUCUCAGUGUCCACUGGAACCUUCUGCAGAGGUUCUGCAAGUGAGGAAGACUGUCUCCAGUUCCUCCAAGGACACCCCCUCUUCCCUUUAGCCAGUUCCAGCUGAAGAGGAUGGAUGGGAGGUGUCUUCAAAUGAGAAGAGCUGUUUUCCAGGCCACCCCUAGGUUCAUCACCACCAGUAGGAUGGUGGCCAAGAUGCCCCCUGGUGGAGGGGAGCCUGUUGGGUGGCCAUGGUUGUAGUCCAGGAGUGGAAGGCAGCACUUCUGGAUGUUUGUGGGCAUUGCAAUUGUGGAGGGGGCAUUUGGUCCUUGCUGGCACCUUCAUUUGGGUGUGUGACCCAGGGGUUACCCUGGCCUGUACCCGGAUGCAGUUGGGAGAGUCCUGACCAGCUGAUUCUGGAGUUUAUCCCCAGAGGACUCCAGGUCCAGAGCCUGCUUUGGUCGGUGGGUAGGGAUGGUCCACUGAAACUAUUGGGAGGUCCAUGUUUCUUCAUCCUUUAAAGUAAAAGCAGUGGUAUGUGUGUGUGUGUGGGUGGGUGGGGGGGGGGGGGUCUUGGUAUGACUGGGAAAGAAGAAGAUCGACUGCAUGGGCCAAGCUUCCCGCAAGUUGUCGGAGUCUACAGCAAGAUGAAGUGAGACAGCACAUAGACGAGAUCUCGGAGCAGAAUACAGACAGUUUUACUGAGUUGUAUCAAUUAGAUAAUUUGAUAUGUAUAGUUAAACGAGUUAUUAAAUACAAAUGGCUGUAAAUGUUCUUUUUGUGAACUAAGGGUGAUAUGAUUAAGUCCACAGGCACCAGUGUUAAGAGGUUGAGUGUUUUCAAUUGCAUCUUACCUUAGUUAUAAUUUCGAUCAUCCAUGUAGUUGUAGCGAGUAUACAAUUGCGAUUACUUGGCCUGGAUGGUCAUAAGAAGUGA